AUGAUACUCGUGUUUGACUCAUUUAGUUAUAUUCAAGUUUCUAUUAUCAGGAUCGCAGCAGUUGCCGGCACUAAAAAAUGCCAUGUGGUUUUUUUCAUAUCAUCCCAAAACAAGGGACACUGCUUAUUUAGAAAGAAAGUGCUGUCAACAAUUGUAUAUUUGAAUGCCAGCAGCCGCAACUAUGUCUUCGACAAGUGGCAGUUUGCCCAGUUCGGCCGCCUCAGAGGACUCUGUGAUGUCUCUGGGCUCGGACGAUGGCAACUUCGACAACAUCAAUGUCGUCGUCAGAGUGCGGCCACUCACUCAUCAAGAAGAAGGAAAGAAAGAUAUUCAAGUCGUACAAUUCCCAGCGGAAGGACAAAUCUCUCUGGAAGACAACACCGUAUCAGGUCCUCGUUCCUUCACCUUUCAUGUUGUGUUCGAACCAGAAGCCACUCAGGAGGAGGUGUUCGAUCACUGCGGCAUCAAAAAGCUCAUCGACAUGGCUCUCGAUGGGUUUGCCUCUACUGUUUUGGCAUACGGACAAACUGGAGCUGGAAAAACUUAUACUCUCACAGGACCACAGGUGACGAUCUGUUGCGACCUGGUGAGCGUCAUUCCCCUGGUGUCGUCCACAUGGCUUUUGCGUACCUCUUCAAUCAGAUUAAACAGAGGAAAGAUAUCGAAUACAUAGUACAAGCUUCCUACAUGGAGAUAUACAAGGAACAUGUUCUUGACCUCCUGAAUCCCUCUACGAAGCCAUUACCUGUGAGAUGGUCAAAAGAGAAAGGAUUUUAUGCCGAAAAUCUCUUCGUAGUCGAAUGUGAAGACGCCGGAGAUUUGGAAGGAGUUUUAGACGAAGGUAGAAAGAACCGUCAGGUGAGGGCUCACAACAUGAACGAGCACUCUUCGAGGUCCCACACGAUGCUCAUUCUGACCCUGACCUCGGAGGUGAGGGACUCAGAAGAUCCCACCCACUUCAUCCGGCGUUACGGAAAGAUCUUCCUGGUCGACCUGGCAGGAUCGGAGAAGACCAAGAAGACCAACAGCCGGGGAGAGACACUCAAAGAGGCCAACAACAUCAACAAAUCACUCUUAGUACUAGGCAACUGCAUCAGUGCAUUGGCAGAUCCUCGAAAGCGAAGUGGCCACAUUCCCUACAGAGACAGCACACUCACAAAACUACUGGCCGACAGUCUGGGAGGUAGCGGCUUGGCUUUGAUGAUCGCCUGUGUAUCCCCAAGUCGAGCGAAUCUCGCCGAGACUAUAAACACUUUGAGGUACGCAUCGAGAGCAAAGAAAAUCAAGACGAAACCAAUGGUCAGAAUGGACCCGAGAGAACAGCUGAUCAUAAGCCUGAAGAGGGAAGUUCGGGUGCUGAGAAUGGAAAACAGCUUCUUGAGGCAACAGCUCCAUUUAGAUAAUGGACUGUUGACAAAUAACAAAGGAGCUGUAGCCAUACGAGGAAACGUGUCAAUGGACGAUAUGAAACCAGAUGAGGUGAAAACUAUGCUUCAACAAUACAUGAAUGACAACGAAUCAUUAAGGGAAGAAAAUGCGGAAUUGAGAUUUACGAAUGAUCUACUGACUCGAGAACUUGAAAGAGUCAACAAAGAGAACGAAAGGUUGCAGAAAGAAAG